UCAGAAGUAGUUUCGUUACUGGUUUACAGGAACAUUUGAUCGUAAGAGGACUUGACAUACAAAAAUCAAGAGUACACAUGGAUCUCAGUGAGGAGGAUUUGGCCCCUCUGGUUAUCAGAGAGCGGGAAGGCAGUCAGAGGUCCAGUUCAAGUACUGCUUCCAAUCUACAAGUACACCUUUACUUCUUCCCAGCCACAAAGGGUGAAACAACAAUACAUGUUUCAUCUGGCCAAAUCUCAGCUGAAAAUGUCUGCAUCCAAGUGGGCAAAAAAUGUGGAGUGUUACCAGUGUACCAAAAUCUUUUUGGUUUGGCAUCUGCUGAUCUCUCGUUCUGGUAUCCUCCAUCACACAUGUUCAACACAGAAGAAAACAUACAAGUCCACUUUAGAGUCAGGUUUUUCUUCGGAAACUGGUUUGGACAAGGACCGAGACCAUCAUACCGCUACAGUCUGACCAGAGACAGAAUAAGUCCAGUUCUUGACUACAGUGUCAUCGAUUAUGUCUUUGCUCAGCUGCGAAGUGACUUUAUUGCAAGUGAGGCAGGAGUGUGUCCACCUUUGAGUGCUCAGGAGGAUUGCCUCAGCCUUGCAGUGCUGGACUUGUGGAGAAUGGCAAAAGAGCGCAAUCAGAGUGUAAGAGAGCUCUGCAAGACUGUCAGCUACAAAUCAUGCCUUCCUAAGUCACAUCGGCAUGACAUCCAGAGACGAAACCGCCUAGAUCGUUACCGAAUCCGAAACACGCUCAAGCGAUUCUUAAGGAAGCUUGGCAACUGCUCAGUAGACGAGUGCAGCUUAAAGCUCAAGUACCUGAUUGAACUGGCAGGCAUCGAGCUCUCCCUGGGAAGUGAAACCUUUCAAGUGAAUCAGUCUUCCUCCCAUUCAAAGUCAGCUUUCUCUCAUGUGCGGGUCACUGGGGAAACUGGAAUUGAAACUAGUGGGAGCUGUCAACCUGAUGGUACCCUGGAGUGGCAAACCUUCUGUGACUUUAAAGAAAUCAUUGACAUCAGCAUAAAGAGGGUAUGCCACGAACAGGUUCCCCAAGACUGCAGGAUAGUGACAAUAACCCGUAAAGAUGACAUGUGUUUGGAAGCCAGCUUCCAAAGUCUCAAGGAGACACUUUCAUUUGUGUCUCUUGUUGAUGGCUACUUCAGGCUGACCACAGACUCGAGCCACUACUUCUGUCAAGACAUUGCUCCUCCAAGUCUUCUGGAGGGAAUCAAAAACCAUUGCCAUGGCCCAAUCACAUCAGAGUUUGCGGUCAACAAGUUGAAAAAGUCUGGAUUUAAAGGUGGUACAUUCCUACUCCGGCAGAGUCCCAACAACUACAACAACUACUUCCUCACGGUUUGUGUUCAGACUCCACUUGGACUUGACUAUAAGGACUGUCUCAUUAUCAAGAAUGAAGAAUACAGUCUUCCUGGUGUCGACAAAUCAUUUUCCAGUUUAAAAAAACUCACCAGCUAUUACCAACAUAACAAGCUGCUACUGGCUGAAGUCCCCGUCAAGUUGGGCCGCUGCUGUCCACCCCGACCCAAAGAGCUCACAAAUCUGAUCAUCAUACGCAACAGCAGCUCUGUAGAAGCUCAAGGGUCCCCAACACCUGAAAGGAACAAAUUCAGUCAUAUCCAGUUCCACAUGAUCAAAUAUGAAGACCUGCAGUGGGGUGAAAGUCUCGGACAGGGAUCUUUCACUCGAAUCUUUAAAGGUCGCAAAGUAGACAUUCGUGAUGGGGAGAAACAUGUGACUGAUGUUUUCCUGAAAGAGCUGGAUGCUGUUCACAAAAGCUGCUGGGAGUCAUUCUUUGAAGCUGCCAGCGUGAUGAGCCAGAUUUCACAUAAACACCUCCUUCUUGUUUAUGGUAUCAGUGUUCAUGGAGUAAAAAACAUCAUGGUGCAGGAGUUUGUUGAGUACGGGGCCCUUGACCUUUACUUGAAGAGAGGGAGAUCUGUGUCAGUGAGCUGGAAACUUGACGUAGCCAAACAGCUCGCGUCUGCCCUCAACUUUCUGGAAGAAAAGAACAUUGUUCAUGGAAAUAUCUGUGCCAAAAAUCUGCUGUUGGCCAGAGAGGGUGACCCGUCGCAGGGCAGCUCUCCAUUCAUCAAGCUGAGUGACCCUGGCAUCAGCGUGGCCAUGCUGGGCAUAGAUGUGAUCCUGGACAGGAUCCCCUGGGUGGCCCCUGAGGUGCUGCAGGCACCAGACAACCUGUCUCUGGAGUGUGAUAAGUGGAGCUUCGGUGCCACCGUGUGGGAAAUUUUCAACGGUGGGAACGCUCCGCUGCGAGGCUGGGACUUAGGCGAUAAGCAGAAGUUUUAUAAGACCUUCCAGCAGCUGCCUCCCUCACAGUGGACAGAGCUAGCCGAUCUGAUCAGUCAAUGUAUGGACUACCAGGCACCCUUCAGACCUUCCUGUCGCAGUAUCAUACGUCAGCUCAACAGUCUGAUCACUUCAGACUAUGUGAUACUUCAUGGCGCUGAGCCUGUCACGCAGAGCCCUGUGUGGAAAGCACUCAGCCCUGCUCAUCAUGACCAGACACUGUUUGAGGAGAGACACCUUCGCUACAUCUCCCCUCUGGGAAAAGGAAACUUUGGAAGCGUGGAACUUUGCCGUUAUGACCCGCUGGGCGAUAACACAGGUGAGCAGGUUGCUGUGAAGAAGCUUCAGCCCAAUAAGCAGUCGACCCUUGAGGACUUCAAGAAAGAGGUCAGGAUGCUCAGCGUUCUUCACUGCGACUACAUCGUCAAAUACAGAGGAGUCUGCUACAGCGCGGGUCGCCGCACUAUGAGUUUGGUGAUGGAGUACCUGCCCCACGGCAGCCUUAUUGGUUAUUUGGAGAGUAACCAAAUUAAUGUCAACACCAGGCGGCUGCUGCUUUUUGCUUCUCAGAUCUGUAAAGGGAUGCAGUACCUGCAGAGCCUGCGUUACGUGCACAGAGACCUCGCGGCCAGAAAUAUCCUUGUGGCUAGUGAGUCGCUGGUGAAAAUUGCUGACUUUGGGCUGACCAAGAUUAUUCCGACUGACAAGGAGUACUACCGAGUCACCCAGCCUGGAGAGAGCCCCAUUUUCUGGUAUGCUCCAGAGUCCAUCAAUGAGUCCAAAUUCUCCCACAAGUCAGAUGUCUGGAGUUUUGGAGUCGUUCUUCAUGAGCUUUUCUCCUACUGCGACACAAACUCCAACCCAAAACGACUGUGUAUGCAGGAGAUUGGGCACAAUGUGCAGAGUCCCUCCAUUGCAAUGUAUCUGGUAAAUAUUCUAAAGAAUGACUGGAGGUUGCCAGCUCCUCCAAACUGUCCACCAAAGGUGUACAGUUUAAUGAAGCAGUGCUGGGCGUACGACUCCGAGGAGCGGCUGAGUUUCUCUGACCUGGGAAUCCAAAUUGAAACUAUCAUGCAGGAUGAGUGAGAGAACAUCAAAGGCUGAUGAUAAUGUAGAAAAACACAUUCAAAUGUGAGCAGAGGGAGGAUCAUGAACUAUAAAUACAAGAUGACCUUGACCUAACUUCAGUUUUAUGUGACAUGUGGUGCAUAUGAUAUAAACAGUUGUUGUUCACAACAAUACAGCUCCCCCUGAUCACACUUCUGAGUCUUUACACAGCACGGGUAUUUCUUUCAUGCAAUUUAAUCAAUGUAUUAUUACUAUUUUUUACUUGUUUUUGUCAUGGGUACUUUCACACAGAAUACAAAUAUAAAAGAAAGCUAUCAAUCAGGCAGUACAGAAUGGAUGUUUUGAUGGCAAAGGCGCAGAUGUUGCAAAAAAAUUAUAUUGCGAUUUUUUUUUACAGAUCUUGCAAUUGUGAUGAGUCAUGAUUUUGUUGGUCAUAACACGGUUAAGUAGAAACAGUGUAAAAACUGUACUAUGUACAUGUACAAGGUGCACAUUUUUUUCAGAAUCAAGAAUUGUGACAGAUAAAGGAUAUUUUACUACAAAGCCUUCCUUAUGCAGGCCCGUUGACGGGUCGAAGACCCUGGCUCAAGGCCUUGUGAGGCCAUGCAAAGGUGAUGGUAAUGGUUGACCCUUAAAUGUAGCAACAAUUUAUUUGCAGACUGAAAUCUCUGACAAUAACAGUUAUAUGUAUUUACAUGAUAAAUUUGUUAUCACUGAAACACACUAUUACAAUUCAUCGGCAUGAAUCUAAUUCAUCUGUAUAGGCCAACAUGCAUGACUUCUAUGGGUCAAAGGGUGAUGUAUUACAGAAAUUUAAAAAAGUGUCUUGUCUAAAAAUGCAUUAAGAAAAAAAAUCUUUGCGUUUAUAUUGUGUAGUUUUGAAGUGAAGAUAAGGAAGACUGUAUUUUGUACUCUUAUUGACAUCAUUAUUUACAUAUGUUAAAUAAAACCAUCUGUUGGCAGCA